UGUUUUGGAGCACUGCGUGCGGUGUUAUUACGACUUACGACUGAUUGCAGCUAUCGUGGAGCAUGCCGACCUGUUGCAUUAGAAACUGUAGCAGUCGCACUUCUCGUGCAUUUAGUGACAAAGUAAUGUUUUAUACAUUCCCAAAAGAUAUCGAUUUGUGUCGAAAAUGGCUUGAAGCUUGUGGCAAAAAUGUCAAUUCUCAGAUUAAACAUGAACGGGUAUGCGAAGUGCAUUUCAAAGCAGAAUGCAUAGAAAGUCAACUGGCGAAGCCACAGUCAAACAAAAUCCAAGCACGUAUAAUUCGAAGACUGAAAAAGGGAUCUGUGCCAACUGAAUUUCUGAACUUACCGAGUGGACGAAAGAAACGAUUACAUUCGUAUCCACAGUCUUGUAUCAAUGAAUUGCCAAAAAAAUUAAUUCGUACUGGCGUUCCAACCUAUGCUGAACUCGUCGUGUGCAGCAAGGGUGCUAUAGAUGCAUCAGAUUUGACGAAAGUUCAAGCAAGUUUAGUGGAAGACGACGUACGAGAAGAAAUCGUGGACUUGAUUGAAGUUGAAACGAGUUCAGUGGAAGACAAUGUACGAGAACAAAACAUGAACUUGACUAAAAGUAUUGGUGUAGUAACAGUCGCUAAAGAUAUCGCAUGUACAAACCCAGAACCUGCCAACCUGUCCACAAGUUCAGUGGAACAACAUAUAUGGAAGAAAGACAUUAGUUUCAUAUUAGGAAAUGGACGAGGAGUUGAAUAUUCAAACUCGUCGAUUAUUGACAUGCUUUUAGCGCGCCUGAAAAAAGUAGAAGAGGAAAAUACUGAAUUAAAAGCACAGUUGCAUCAAAAGUAUAUAGCAAUGGACUGCAUGAAGAAGGACGUACAGAAAUAUGCCGAUAAGUUUACGACUGACAUUCUUCGCAAGAUGUUUACAUCCGGACAAGUGAAAAUUAUAUCUCCAAUAGAUCGUUGAAUUGUUUGGACAGUCGAAGAUAUUAGAUAUCAGCCAUUGCUCUUCGAUCCAUAAGCUCAAAAGCAUACAUUUAUUUACGGGAAGUUCAAAAAAAUUCCGUUACUAUGUAUUAUAAUGCUGAAGCAUUGGAUUGCCAACUUUACGGUCAUACUUGUUGUCAUUUCAAAAAGGCAUUCUUUUGUCGAUUAAAUCACUCAAGGAUAUUUGAAGCCGAUAUCGAAGCAAAAGACAUCGAGUCACAAGCGUUGGAAUAUAUAACUGGCUAUGUAGCUUAUCGCUUCGGCCAUAAAUAUAAGCAUUUGGGCACUCCUACCAAAAAGUUACUUCCGCGCGAUGACUGGAUUUCAUGUAUUUCGCGUGGAAAUUGUAUCCUUCCUUCCAAUAAUUUCAUGGAAGCAGCAAAAAUCAUGGAUACUGAAUUUCAAUUAUUUCACGGAGACUUUUUUUAAUAUGCGGGAUAACAUUUUUGAUACAUUAAUCGCAAAAGUAUGUCUGAAAAUUGAAUACAAAUUUCCAACGGAGGUGAUCGCAUGUUUGGUGCAAA